GGAAAGGUUGAAAGCAUCGUGGAAAUGAGAAGCAUGCGACCGUGGAAACAGACAGCGCUUUGGCUGUUGUUUUUUUCUGUAUUAUGGAGUACAACCGGAGCUCAGAUUCGCUAUACUAUACCAGAGGAACUGAAGGAAGGAUCUGUUGUUGGAAACAUUGCAAAGGACAUUGGGCUGGAUAUUGUACACAUCGCUAAUCGUAAGUUACGGAUAGCCUCUGACUCUGGUACGCAGUUUUUCAGUGUGGAUACAAGGAGCGGUGAACUGAUAGUGAAUGGCAGAAUAGACAGAGAGGCGCUCUGCGGACAAAGCGACAGUUGUUUGAUGCCACUACAAUUAAUAAUAGAGGAUCCAUUGCAGUUAUAUCGUGUUAAUAUAGAAAUACAAGAUAUAAAUGACAAUGCACCGAAUUUUCACACAAAAGAUAAUGUUUUGAAAAUAGCCGAAUCUGUUGCCGUGGGCGCAAAAUUUCCAUUUGAAAGCGCCGAGGAUUUAGAUGUCGGUAGCAAUAGUCUCAAAUCAUAUGCUUUGAGUAAUAAUGGCUUCUUUCGAUUAAAUGUGAAAACAGUUGAAGAUGGUAAAAAGGUGCCAGAGCUAAUAGUUGAUAAACCACUUGAUCGAGAGAAGCAGUCAGUACAUAAGCUCAUUUUAACAGCAUUAGACGGUGGCGAUCCCGUGAAAUCUGGAACUAUUGUGAUACAAGUAAUUGUUCAAGAUACCAAUGACAAUGAACCGAAGUUUGAACAUUCGCAGUAUAAAGCAUCUGUGCUGGAAAGUACAAAACCUGGUUCAAGCGUUUUAACUGUAAAAGCCACAGAUUUAGAUGAAGGUCUAAAUGGCGAAAUACAAUAUUUCUUCGGUGCACAUACACCAGAUGCUGUGAAGAAAUGUUUUAAUAUCAACACUGACACCGGAGAUAUCACAGUGAUUGGAAUACUAGAUUACGAAGUAACAAAAUUAUACACAUUUGAUGUAUGCGCUAAAGACAAAGGGAGCCCAGAACAGGAGGGCCAUUCAUCAGUGAGGCUUCACAUCAUUGAUGAGAACGACAAUAUUCCAGAAAUCAUUUUGACAUCUUUACCCAGUCCAGUGUCAGAGAAUGCAACAGUCGGUACAGUUGUAGCUUUAAUAAACGUGAAAGACUUGGAUUCAGGUGAUAAUGGCAAAGUAAACCUUACCAUCUCCAGUCGUUUUCCAUUUAAACUAAAACCAGCCUUUGACAAUCAUUAUUCAUUGGUAACUGACUCACUUUUAGACCGUGAAGCUAAGGCGGAAUAUGAAAUACAAUUAGUAGCUACAGACUCUGGUUCGCCACCUUUAAAAUCUACAAAAACUGUAAAUGUAAGAUUGCUUGAUGUAAAUGACAACCCUCCAUUAUUCUCACAGCCAUCGUAUACAGUGUACAUAAAGGAAAAUAGUCUGCCAGGCGCUUCAUUGUUCUCUAUAUCUGCGACUGAUAUUGACAAAGACAGGAAUGCAAUGCUCAGUUACUCAGUUCUCGAUUUAAGUUCAAGUCAGAUUCCAGCAUCAUCUUAUUUUUAUAUUAACUCAGAGAACGGAACUAUUUACAGCAUGAGUUCAUUUGAUUAUGAGAAAAUGAAACUAAUCAGCAUUGUAGUGCAGGCUAAAGAUCAAGGCUCUCCAUUUCUGAGCAGCAACGCAACUGUUCACGUGUUUAUUCUGGACCAGAACGAUAAUGCACCUGCUGUUAUUUACCCGUCCACAUCUAUGGGCUCGGUCUCUCAUCAGAGGAUGCCCCGUUCUGCUAAAACAGGACAUCUCGUUACUAAGGUAACAGCAGUGGACGCGGACUCGGGUCAUAACGCCUGGCUGUUCUACAGGCUCGCGGAGGCCACGGACGCGUCUCUGUUUAGUGUGAAUUUACAUACGGGAGAGGUGAGGACUAAACGCGCUGUUUCAGAGCACGAUGACUCCUCUCAGAGACUGGUCUUAGAGAUAAAGGAUAAUGGAGAACCGAUCCAGUCAACCACAGUCACAGUGGAUAUACUGAUAGAGGACGGGUUUCAUGAGCCCAUAUCAGACUACAGAGAGAAAACUAUUGAGCCAAACAGGAAGAGUGGCAAAAUUACUUUAUAUCUGAUCAUUUCUUUGGCUUCUGUGUCUUUGUUGUGUCUGAUGACGUUUUUCAUCUUACUGGUGAAAUGUGCGCGUGGCAGUAGAGGCGGCUCAAGCUGCUGUAUCAGGAGGACAAAUUCUGAUUACAAAAACCCUAACAGAAACCUGCAGAUCCAGCUCAACACUGACGGGCCCAUUAAGUAUGUGGAGGUUCUGGGAGGAGAUAUGAUGUCUCAGAGUCAAUCCUUUGGCUCUUAUCUCUCUCCAAUGUCCGAAUUCAGUGAUCUCACCCUCAUUAAGCCCAGCAGCACCACAAACUUUACAGACACGCUAAACACGCUUGAUGCGUCAUUACCAGACAGCGCGUGGACAUUCGAGAGCCAACAGCAAAAGCCACCUAAUACUGACUGGCGAUUUCCCCCAAACCAGAGGCCUGGACCCAGCGGGGCUGGAGCACGUCCUGAAGAGGCAGGUGCCGGUGCUGGUGUGAUAGCAGGAACAGGACCAUGGCCCAACCCCCCUACUGAGGCUGAACAGCUCCAGGCUAUGAUGGCAGCAGCAAACGCAAGUGAAGCCACUGCGACUCUUGGCCCUCGCUACAAUCUACAGUAUGGCCCGGAUUACCGUCAGAACGUCUACAUCCCAGGCAGCACUGCCACCCUUACAGCCAACCCUCAGCAACAGGUUCUCCAGCAGGCCCUUCCUCCACCACAGGCCCUUCCACCUACCGAAGUCCCCAAAGCGGCUCAAACACCAGCCAGUAAGAAGAAACCCACAAAGAAAGACAAGAAGUAAGACCUGUGGAAGAGCUGAAGAAACAUGUUGCCGGGAAUCUAAACAUCUAUCCUCUCAAACCAUGUUGGGUUUGGAUGAAGAUUUAAAAAGAAAAAAGUGAAUAGUAUUACUUGUUUUAGCGUUAACAUGAGACAAUAAGCAACCAAACAAGAGGAAAUGUGUUCAGAUUCCCGAAGCCCUUUCUCUGACAGAUAUCUCUGUCUUGUAAAUAGCAUACUAAAACAAGAAGAAACACAUUUCUUCUUUUUAUUUUUUCCCUCAAAUGUCACGUUUUAGGCUUUUUGUGUUCUUUUCAAAGCAAAGUAGAUGCUUAUUGUGGAUACAAAAUGAAACGCUGUUAGGCUUUUUAACAUGAUGUGCCACAACUCUCACCUUAACUGAAGAAAGGAGUAUUUAGCUGAACUAUGCAUUGCAAAGGAGAUACAAAAGGUGAACGUAUAUAUAAAGUGUUUUCCAGGUGAGAUAAUACAUGUAUAUUUGCGUAAAAAAAUCUGACGGUGAGACACUGGAUUGUCGGCAUGGUGUUUAAAAAUAGAUUCAGUCUUCUCAUUAACUUCUUAAUAGCCAGUUAAGCAGAGCUGAAUGUUAGGUUAAUGACGUUUGACUAUUCUUUGUUAUUAUUUCCUGUUGGCGUGCUAAAGAAUCCUCUGGAAAUGAAGUAAUGUAAACAGUGUUUUUUUGAUGCUGAGAAAAGAUAAUCACAGCCUUUGUAAGGUCAAUGAUUUGGGUCAAAGGAAGAAGAUCUAAAGAAGGAAACAGCAGAAAUGUGCUUGAAUGGAUCUUAGAUGGAAGGAUUUCAUGUCUGUUCAUCUGCACCUACCACCACUAUCGUGUAUAUAAAAUGUGUAACCUGUCUGUACAAACAUUAGAGCCACAAGGGCUGGCUGUUACAGGAAUGUUUCAGUAUUUUUUACAAAAAAAAAAACAACAAAAAAAGACACAAGAAAAAAAAAAGAUCCAGUGUAGUGUUUUAGGAAUAAAAGCUUCAAGUCCAUUGACUAACCAAACUGUACAUACUACGAAACUUCUGAUGACACGCAAUCGUAGCUUAAGGCUUGUGGAGUAUGUGCAUAUUUUUGUGUUUUCCCCCUCUUGAUUACACUUUACUUUCCUCUUCUCCAAUCACCUAAACCUUUGAAAGAUAACAGACAAUACUUAUACUGUCUUUGCUAUAGAGUAACACCCUUUCCCAUCUUACUGUACUUUUCUGUGCUUGUAAUUCCAAUCAGUCCUUAAUGAUACUGGAAUGCCACUCCUGUCUGUUUGACUUUGAAUAUCUAUCUAUCUAUCUAUAUAUAUAAAUGUCUGUCUGCUGCUUGGCUACUUUUUCUGUAUUUGACUGUGAUUCCUUUAAAGAAACGCUUAGCACCUCAUGUUACUCUUUUUAUUUUAUAAUCUACUAUUUAUAUCGCUGUUUGAUUUAUGUUUUACUUUAUUAUUGGAACACUUACAUUUGAAAUAAAAUUUUGUCAGAACUC